UUUGAUUGAUUAUGUGUUAGUUGUUUGUCCCCGUAUUUCAACCAGAAAAGAACACAGAUACUGAUAUCUGCAAAGGAAAUCAAACAAAAAUGGCGUAAUCAAUAUAGUCAAAGAAAUCUUCCAUCUUCAACCCACCACUAAUUUAAUUUCUCUUUGUUUUUACCCCUUUCUCAUUUCUUCCUCUAGUCACUCUCACUAUCAUCCUGUUCCUUUUGUGUAACUUAUUUUCAAUUCCAAAAUUCACACUUCAGUUUCAUUAAUGGCGAAUAUGGCUUUCAAGAGCUCAAAUUACACCUCGUAUGGCCGCAUACCUUUCUUUUUCUCUCCCCCUCAGUUAACUACUACAAAUGUUUCCACUUGGUCUAGGAAACUCUACUAUCACCCUCGCCGUGUGAUUGUUUAUUCACAGUACUCCCAAGCACAAGAUCUCUUCACUUCACGUCUCCAAGACCGAAUGCAAAAUCUUCCAAGGCUGGUUGAGGACAUAAUCCAGACAUCCAUAAAUACAGGGCCUCGUGGAGCCUUAAGACUUGCUCAAGGUGUCCAAGCAGUUGUUGGGGUUGGUAGUGAGUGGCUAGUAGAUGUCUCAAAGUGGACGAAUUCAUCAGCUGGGUUACCUUCUGAGCUACAGUUGGGAUUGCUUUCUCCCUUCUAUCUGAGGAAAUUGUUUGAACGACUGGGUGCAACCUAUAUAAAACUGGGCCAGUUCAUAGCAUCUGCUCCUACACUAUUCCCUCCAGAGUAUGUUGAGGAGUUUCAGAAGUGUUUUGAUCAAGCCCCUGCAAUCCCCUUUGAAGAAAUCAAAGUAAUCCUGAAUGAAGAACUAAAGAGACCAAUUGAUAGUGUCUACGAAUAUAUUAAUCCAACGCCCCUUGCAUCAGCAUCGAUAGCGCAGGUUCAUGGUGCAAGACUAAAAGGCUCUCAAGAGGAUGUGGUCAUAAAGGUUUUGAAACCAGGGAUGAAAGAUAUAUUAGUAGCCGAUCUAAAUUUUGUCUACAUUGUAGCUCGCAUUGUGGAGUUUUUAAACCCUGAAUUCAGCCGCACAUCACUGGUUGGUAUUGUUAAGGAUAUUAGAGAAUCAAUGCUUGAAGAAGUUGACUUCAGUAAGGAGGCUGCAAAUAUUGAGGCCUUUAGGAGGUACAUAGACACUAUGGGGCUCAGUAGGCAGGCUACAGCUCCAAAAGUAUAUUAUUACUGUAGCACAAAACGUGUUUUGACAAUGGAAAGGUUUUAUGGAGUUCCUCUUACAGACCUAGAUUCCAUAAACUCCCUUGUUCCUAAUCCUGAGACAAGUCUGAUAACCGCCCUUAAUGUCUGGUUUGGCAGUUUGCUUGCAUGUGAAUCAUUUCAUGCAGAUGUUCAUGCUGGCAACCUAUGGCUAUUACGCGAUGGCCGCAUUGGAUUUCUUGACUUUGGUAUUGUUGGACGUAUAUCUCCAAAGACUUGGGCUGCCAUGGAAGUUUUUCUUCAGUCAAUAGCAACAGAAGAAUAUGAAUCAAUGGCAUCAGCCUUGAUUGAAAUGGGGGCGGCAAACCAAAAUGUGGAUGCUAAUGCCUUCGCAAGAGAUCUAGAAAAGAUCUUUUCCACAAUACAGGAUCUAGAUACAGAAAUUGUCGUUGCAGCAUCGCGGGGGCCAAGUACAAAUGCAACUGCUGUUUCCGCUAAUGUAUUACUUGAUGAGAGGCAGAUGAACGCCCUAUUUCUUGACCUGGUACGGGUGAGUGAGUCAUAUGGACUGAAAUUCCCUCGAGAAUUUGCCCUUCUAUUGAAGCAGCUAUUGUACUUUGAUCGAUACACUCGGUUGCUGGCUCCCAAUAUGAACAUGCUACAAGACCAACGAAUCACCAUUGUUUCUAAUCGAAGAGCUAGCAGCAACAGGGGUGGAUUUCAAGAUAGUAUGUACUGAUAUUCAUAAAUAUGAUCGUAUACUUGGAUAUCUUCUAGAAGAGCAGCCUUUUUGUCCAAGUAGUUUAUGAAAUAGAAAAUGUAUAUCCAAUCAUCUCACUAGUUAAUACCUGAAUAAGAGUCUUAUAGUGUACAUAUGAUAGGGUGCACAUGCUGCAUGUAUAGAUAUACAAAUUUAUCACUGUACCUUUAGAAAAGGGAAUUGUAAAAUGACUUUUCUAAUCCCAACUUCCCAACAUAUAAAGGGUAUAGUUAAAGAUAA